AUGUUGCAUUUGUUAAAGAAUUUACUCACCCAUGACGAUGAUGAUUUGGAUGAUGAUGAUUCGGAUGAUGAAGAUGCUUUGGAUGAUGAUGAUGAUGUUGAUUUGGAUGAUGAUGAUGAUGAUGAUUUGGAUGAUGAUGAUGAGGAGGCUUUGGAUGAUGAUGAUGUUGAUUUGGAUGAUGAUGAUGAUGAUGAUUUGGAUGAUGAUGAGGAGGAGGCUUUGGAUGAUGAUGAUGAUGAUGAUGAUGCUUUGGAUGAUGAUGAUGAGGAGGAGGAGGAGGCUUUGGAUGAUGAUGAUGAUGAUGGUUUGGAUAAUGAUGAUGAUGAGUGUGAAAUAGAUUAA